AUGGUAUGUGCCCCGUUUUUGGUGAUGCAGUUGUACGGUGUUGGCGGACAAUUCGCUGUAAUGGGCUUAUGCAACACCUUUGUACACGCCGUCAUGUAUUACUACUACUUCAUCUCGGCCAUGUAUCCGGGUGACAGGAACCACGUGUGGUGGAAGAAGUACAUCACCAGACUGCAGAUACUUUUUGAAUCUGGUGCCAUUAUGGUCAUGUUUGGUAAAUUCUACUAUAAGGCAUACAUUAAGCCCCAAAAUGUAAAACAACAAUAA